AUGGCGGCGGGCGAGGAGGAGAGAGUGCGGCUUCCGGCCCCAAUCAAACAGAGACAAGAAGUGGUGGUGGGGACAAAAAAGGCGACAAAUCAUGGGGAACGGAUUCCGACGAAAUACAUGGGCCCAUUUGAGGAGAAGGGAGGGGCCCAAUCGGUGAGGCCUCGGGUUUUCGGUUGCACUUGGGUGCUGAGGUGAGUAAGGGAGGAAUGGGGGAUAAUGGGCCUCAUACUUAUUGGAAAUGUAAAGCACAGCAAAAUAAUGGAAACCUCGGCCGUAAAAGGAAAUUUUCAAUUGAAAUUGUAAAAUACGAAAAAAAAUUUCAAGACAACAUAGGGUUGCUAAUUAGCCUAAAAGAUCAAAAGACAACUGUCUCUCCAAUCAAUUUUCUUCCAAAAAUUUCAAACGAGUCCCCGAUUCGUCCAAGGCCAAGUAAGUCCCCUCUCCCAAACGGCCAAUCAAAGUCAGAUGGGCCCGAAAAGCGUCCCACCCGGCUGCCGUCGAGGCCCAAAAGAAGGCCUCCGACUGUGAUCAACGAGUCGUGAAGGUCGUUGGCCAAAAUUGCAGAUCCGUUGCAGCGAUAAGGACGAUCAGACCGACUCUUGUUGCCUUUCAUUUCAGCUACCCGGCAAUCAACGCGUCUUAUACGGCCUUAAUGAAUGGGCAAGGCCGGGAUGAAGCGCUCAUAAAAUUCUUACAAACCAUGGGCCAUAAAAAGGAGUCGGGCCAAAGUAAUCAAAACCAAAGAGAGUCUCGGAAAAGGUGCGAUUCAUCAAAGGAAAAGGAGAGCGGAAAGGGAUCAAACACGGGUUUUGUCGCGUGGCCAAAGCCCAUGAAUGGGGCCAAAUAUGGGAGUGGCGGGCCGUAA